GCUAGUGAUUUGGGCAUGGUUGGGUGGUGUUGAGGUUAGGGAAAGGUCAGACGUGGUUGCAUAUAGGAGGUAUCGGGAGUCGGGGAUUAGGAGUGGUAGGCCUAAAAGCUCCAUUUCUAUGGUGAACGGGCCGUCCCAAUGUCUCUUCGAUCUACAACACCCUCCACCUCUGCGUCUCCUCCACACCACUUCCCUCACCUCCUACUGGCACUCAAGCACCCUCCGCCUUACCCAGCAGCUCAAACAGAACUCGGGUACGAUGCGCUCUGCAUACUCUCCAGAACCGAGCGGCGAACGACAUUGGCGGUAUGCCCGAGCCCGAGACUCUUCUCCUGAAUCCAGUCCUGAAUCAGAGCCAUCUGCAGCCGCUCAGAAGGUCGGGCGAAUUGUGGAACUCGUGGAAGAAAUACUGCAACACCUUCCAUUUGUCGAACCCCUCUCAGCCAAACUUGUGUGCGAGCAGUGGCACGAUACCAUUGGAGGCUCCCUACCUCUCCAGCGACAACUAUUUUUCCGCCCGGUUGCACAAGCUCCGACCCUCACCCGUGCGGUAUCGUUCGAGGUUUUCGACGCCGUCAUCGUAGUCCCAUCUAUAAACCCGGUCUGGAGGGUAUCUAUCGGAAACCUGCACUUUCGGUGGCGAGGUCGGGGCAGGUGGUUGGUCAUUCAUAGUCGGUGAAGAGUCGGCCAUGGGCACUUGGCAAUACCUAAGUACAGAAAGCAAGUCUAAGAGAAGCACAAUGACGUGGGUGUAUUGACUGUGAGCUGUGGGGCAAAGAUGUUUUGUAAGUGACUCCAAAAGUUUUGAUAGUAGAAGGCGUGGGAAUGGAACUGGACGAUUGGUUUAUGUGCCUCGUACCCCUGAAUGUAGUCACUCGAUUGCCACAACUCCGACUUUGUCCUCACUCGGACGUCUUAAGGCA